AUGGCGACGCAGCCGCCCAGCUCGCUCUGGCCGCCACGGCACUGGCAAGUCGCAAGCAACCAUCCACAGCAAGAGAAGGAAGCAACUCCAACGGCAGUCACGGUGAUGGCCUCCAUGGGCUCCCUCGCCUUCACCACCGCCGGCGCGCGUGCCGGCGUCCUCCCGGUCCGCGUCCCGGCGGCCGCGCCGCGGCGGCGAGCCCUGGUCGUCAGGGCCCAGGCCGAGGACGCCGAGUCAGCAACGGAGGCGACAACCGCGGCGCCCUCCACUCCCCUGACGGCGAAGCCCAAGGCGGCGGCGAGGCCCGGGCUGUGGGACGCGCUGGCGUUCAGCGGCCCGGCCCCGGAGCGCAUCAACGGGCGGCUCGCCAUGGUGGGCUUCGUGUCCGCGCUCGCCGUCGAGGCGUCCCGCGGCGGGGGCCUCCUCUCGCAGGCUGGCAGCGGGUCCGGGCUCGCCUGGUUCGCGGCCACGGCCGCCGUGCUCUCCGUGGCGUCGCUGGUGCCGGUCCUCAGGGGGGAGAGCGCCGAGGGCCGCAGCGGCGGCGUCAUGAGCGCCGACGCCGAGCUCUGGAACGGCCGCUUCGCCAUGCUGGGCCUCGUCGCGCUCGCCGUCACCGAGUACAUCACCGGCGCGCCCUUCGUCAACGUGUAGAUGCCCACGGUUGUGCGCGUGGAGUUGGACUUGGACUUGGACCCCGUGUCCGUGUGGUGUGCCUGUAACCCAGGCAGGUUCUCUGUUCUGUCCUACAUCAACUAGCUUGGAAAAUUCAACAUAUUAUUCCAAAAAUAUUGCAGGACUCCGAUCCUACAAGCUUCAUUUCGUCUCCGUUUUCCGAAACCCAAACAGAAAACAAGUCAAAUUUUCACUGGAAA